AUGAAAUUAUUAAAUCAAUCAUCAGUAACAAUACGAGCGAAUGAAGAAGAAGAUGGUGAUGAUGAAAUAUUUUUGACCUUGCCAAAAGAUCUAAAAGAUGUUAAGCACCUCUAUGAAGUGUUAAACAAUUGUGAAAGUAUUGACAUAUUGAUUUGUUAUGUAACGACUUAUAUAUUUUUGCAAUCCUUUGCAAUACCAGGAAGUGUGAUGUUGAGUGUUUUAGGUGGAAGCUUAUGGGGAAGUUGGAAGGCUUUAGUGAUUUGUUCAGCAACAGGAGCAACAAUUUGUUAUUUAUUAUCUUAUUACUUCGGUAAAAACAUCACUGAAAAAUAUUGGAAGGAACGUAUGAUUAAUUGGAAUCAGCAAUUAAAUGAGCAUAGAAAUAAUUUGUUUUCUUAUAUAUUAUUUUUGAGAGUAACUCCAUUUCUACCAAAUUGGUUCAUCAAUAUUGCAUGUCCGCAUUUAAGAGUUGGUGUUGGUAAAUUGUAUUGGGGAACAUUCCUUGGUAAUUAUCAAUAG